AUGGGGAUCUUACUGGCCUUGCUACUCCUGGGCAACCUAACACUGUUCACAUAUGGCAACCCAAUCUUGGAAGCAGCAGAGAGUGAAAUAGGGCCCUGGAAAGGAGAUGUGUAUAUUCCAUGCACCUAUGGUCCCUUGCAAGGGUACACCUAAGUCUUGGUGAAGUGGUUCAUACGACGUGGCUCAGACCUGGUCACUAUCUUUCUACGUGAAUUUUCUGGAGACCAUACUCAGCAGGCAAAGUACCGGGGCCGCCUGUGUGUAAGCCAUGAGGUUCCAGGAGAUGUGUCUCUCCAACUGAGUACGCUGGAGAUGGAUGACUCGAACCAUUGCACGUGUGAAGUUACCUGGCAGACUCCUGAUGGCAACCAAGUGGUGAAAGAUAAGAUCAUUGAGCUCCGUGUCCAGAAACACUCAUUAGAGCCAUGUAAGACCAAGACUGAGGCAUCUACAUCCAUGCAAUCCUCCUUAGAAGAAAAGGGGUUGCCUAUCUUUGCCAUCAUACUCAUUAUCUCUUUGUCCUCUAUGGUAGUUUUUACCAUGGCUUAUAUUAUGCUCUGCCAGAAGACAUCACAACAGGAGCCUGUCUAUGAAGCAAGAAGGGUGCAUGCCAGGGAGGCCAGCGACCCUGUAGAAAUCAUCUUCACAAAUGGUUGCUCCAGCAAUGAACCAGCUCCCUAGUCUCUGAGCAACAACAACUCUGAUGAGCCCUGCUUGGGCCAGGAAUACCAGAUCAUUGCCCAGAUCAACAGUGACUAUGGCCACCUACUGCAUACAGUUCUCCUGGAUGAUGAGCUCCUGGCCAUGGAGGGCAAGAGUAUCUGCUGA